AGUGAUUCCCUCCCUCCAAAAGCGAUUACGCCAUGUAUAAAUCGAAGGUGAAUACCCUAACGAUGUCAUUACAGUUCUAAACUUCAAAUCAAAAUGAAAACCGUAGCGAUAGUGUGUUUAUGCUUGUUUGCCGUGGUGCUUGCUGAUAAGUCCCCAUGUACAAUAGGCGAGACCAAGCGAGAAGAAUGUGCUAUUUGCGAUUGCUUACGCUUUCCAGAUGGAAGCAUCGAUUGGUAUUGCACUCACUGGGACUGCAAUAAUCCUCAUGAUGAGCUUUUAGGGAAAGAGGAUACGUGCAAAGUAGGCGAGACCAAGCAUGAAAACUGUGCUUUAUGCGAAUGCAUGACCUUUCAAAAUGGAAUCACCGAUUGGUUUUGCACGCAAGCAGAUUGCGAGGAAAGGAUCCGAAACUGAUAUAACGACAGGAGAGUGUAGAGAAGGAGAGACGAAAACAGAGGAGUGCCGUACUUGUAAAUGCAUCAAUAAUUAAACAAAGACACGAACCCUGUGCGGACUUGUUACGACUCAUGUUUUCCAUGAGGACGGCCCAUGAAAGUUUAACGCCCAUAUUAUCAUAACUGUCACCUUCAUUGCAUCACAAUAAAUUUACUACUUUCGU